AUGGCUGUCACUCACGUCAUUUUCGAUUUGGAUGGCCUUCUCAUUGAUACUGAAUCUUGCUAUACAAUUGCCAAUCAGACUCUGCUUCGGAAGUAUGGUCGCGAGUAUACACUAGAGUUGAAUGCUAAGAUGAUGGGAAGGAAAGAGGAUGAAGCGUUCGCGUGGCUUUUGAAAGAGGUUGGCAUUGAUGAUAAAGUCACUGUCAAGGAUUAUUUGGCCGAAUAUGACGCCAUGUUGGACGGCAUGUUCCUCAAAUGCAGGGCAUUACCUGGAGCGGAACGAUUAGUUCGACAUCUCUCCAAAAAAGAUGUUCGUUUCAAUUUGUUCGGGUUUCUCGAGAUCGAUGUUUGCGCGCUCAAACACGUGAAGCCACACAAGAUUGUGUUUUGUUGGGGCCAGAAAUCAAGAGGAGGGAAACCACAGUCCGGAGACCUAAUCUGGGCCACGAUGAAUAGGUUCCCAGUGAAACCUAAGUCCCCUUCAGAUGUGCUUGUGUUCGAGGAUGCACCAAACGGAGGUAGAGCAGCAAAGGCAGCUGGUAUGAAAUGUGUCAUGGUGCCUGCCGAGAGCCAUCGGCAAGAAGCGCUUCAGAUCGGGUAG